AUGGGAGGACAUAGUUCAAACAGGAUCCAACGUGCCUUUGAGCUCGGUGCCCCGAGAGUGCAGCUUCUGCAGGAGGACGUGGUUCAGGGAGAGAGCUUGGCACCAGAACCAGCAACUUCUGCCAUGGACAGGGCCGUCAGGAUGAGGAAGGAGAUGGAAGCCCGGAAAGGGCUCUUGGCCUGGGCACUCCUUAACGUGUCUCUCGCAGGCAUGCUAUAUACUGAAAUGACUGGAAGUCUCAUCAGCUUGUAUUACAACAUCGCGUGCUGGCCACUCUGGUAUCUUGAACUCGCACUUGCAUCUCUGUUCAGCCUGAACGCCGCCUUUGAUUUCCGGGUGUGCUUCAAAUACACGGUGGCACCGACCAGCCUGGUCGUGAGUCCUCGCCAGCAGAGCCUGCUGGGGUUGCAGAAUGCAGUGGUACAAACUCCCCCACGUGAGCUGGCGGCCCCUUCUCCUCUGCCCCGGGGCCAGAGUGCGCUGAGUUACAGCCCGUCCCGCCGCCCUGCCCACCCACAAUUUGGCACCGGUUGUGUCCCGGGGUACAGCCCCCAAGGAUGGGCUCUGUCAAGCGGCAGCUCCAGUCAGGUUUCCAGCCCCAGCUCCUCUCCCAGCAGGCCACCGUCCCCCACCAGCGCUGGGCCAGUGGAAAGCGGCGGGUUGAGGUCUCGUUGCGGCUCUUCCCCCGCUCUAUGUAAUUCUGCGGGUGCAGAGGAAUAUGUGACAGACCUCAGGGCACUGCACGCCUUCCUUCGGAGAGAGGAACAGAAGCAGCAGAAUUCAACUCGCAGCCCAGCUUUGGGGACCUGCAGCCGUUCCAUCGCCGACUGCGUGCAGGUGCUGAGAAAGUUCCCGUACCAGCUGGCCUACAGGCCCCGGGCCCCAUCACCACACAAGGACGUACCUGACCUGCGCUCGAUACGGGCUGCGGAAGAGUUAAAUUCCACGGCAAAAGCAGUCAGGAGAGAGAAACGGGCCUGUGAAGUACCCAGCUUUGGGCAGAGGUUUGGAUUUGAGCUGCAUCAGAAAUGUGGGAGAGAGAAAGCCUCUAGCGCUGAGCUGUCCUCAUCCAGCUUGGGAGGCUCCUGGUCACUGUAA